AUGGAUGGGCUGCGUUUACCUCCACUCAUCGAGGAGGCACUGGACUCUACAGAUGACCUGUGCGAUCUGAAAUCCAACAACACCAUGGACAAUGAGAUGACAGCCAAAGAGCGCGGCGUGCUGGGGGACAGUGAGAAGGAGGAGGUGGACCAGAGGGAGGAUGGUCCGGAGGAGGAGGAGCAGGACCUGGAGGAGCUCAGGGCGCAGGUGGUCCAACUGCUGCUGGAGCUGGACGAGGCCCGCGACACCUCCAUCAAGCACCAGGAGAGUUUCCACGAGCUGCAAGGGCUGUUGGAGGAUGAACGUCUGGCCAGCGCCCAUCAAGCUGAGGCCUUCACGCGCCAGAUCCAGAACCUGCAAGCCCAGCUGCGGUCAGUGCAGGAGGAGAUGAUCAGCCUGGAGGAGGAGAAGGAGAGUGAGCUGGCCGAGGCUCAGGAGGAGCUGCGUAUUGCCCACGAGGAGGUGAUUCUGCUGCAGCAGGCGGCCGAGGAGGCGGCGGCUGAGCGAGAGAACGACAUCGCCAGUCUGCAGGAGGAGCUGUGCAGGAGGCGCGCAGAGCUGCAGAGGCUCAGCGACGAAACACAGGCCUACGAGCUCGAGAUCACCACUCUGAGAGCCGAGAUCAACAUGAAGAGCCAACGCAGGGAGGCCGAGAGGAGAGAGGGUGAGGAGGAGAGGGAGGCAGAGAGGAGAGGGAGGCAGAGAGGAGAGAGAGGCAGAGAGGAGAGGGAGGUCGAGAGGGUGAGGAGGAGAGAUGGAGAGGAGCACAGGGAGGCCAAGAGGAGAGAGGGUGAGGAGGAGAGGGAGGCCAAGAGGAGAGAGGGUGAGGAAGAGAGGGUGGCAGAGAGGAAAGAGGGAGGUCGAGAGGAGAGGGUGAGGCGGAGAGAUGGUGAGAAACACAGGGAGGCCAAGAGGAGAGAGGGUGAGGAGGAGAGGGAGGUCGAGAGGAGAGAGAGUGAGGCCAAGAAGAGGGAGGGCGAGGAGAGGGAGGCCAAGAGGAGAGAGAGUGAGGAGGAGAGGGAGGCCGAGAGGAGAGAGGGGGAUGUGGACUUGUUAAAGGAGGAGUGUCGUGUGCUGAAAGAGGAGUGUGCUGCGCUGAAGGAAGACAACAAACGCCUCUCUGAGAAACUCCAGCUGCUUCAAAGACAGCGCACCAGCUCCAGCGUGUACCUGUCUCUGAAGGAGGAGGACGGUGAUGCUCCCGAGGGGAAAGACUCUGACGAGGUCCUGACGGAGAGCUACAUGACCAUGGCCAACGCCGAGAACUGCCACCUACGGGACGCCUCCAUCCAGAAAAACAUCUCCUUUGACGGGAAGUCAAUGACCCCCACCACAUGGAGCGGGGGCAUGGGCGAAGUCCUCUCCUUACGGGACCAGCUUAAACAGGCCGAGGAGAAGGCGCAGCAGGUUCAGACGGAGUGCGACAGUCUGAAGCUGGAGCUGAAGGACCUGCAGGAGCUGUAUGAGAGCAGCCAGAGGGAGAGGGCGGAGCUGGAGGACGAGCUGCAGCGAUGCAAGGCUGAGCUGGAGAAACUGUCUGGAGGGGCCCAGAGACUCACCCAUGCGUCUGAGCACCCUGUUCUCUCCAUCCCCUUCAUAGGAAUGAUUGUAAUAGUGGCAGUGGUCUGGUGCUGGUUGUCGGAGCUGGCGUCCCAGAGAGCAAGGGGGGUGAGAUAG